AUCGAUGCAAGGAGAAGUGCGCCGUCGACGGAGCGCACUGAGAUCAAAAAUUGUAUACAAGCCUGAAAACUCUCCAUCGCAUUUCAAGCGACCUGCUUACUACCUCAAACAACUGCGGGAUAGCAGUGACUUCAGGCUUUGCGACAUCGAACUUGUAACAGAUAAUGGAUGUGAAAAUGUACACUCAGCUAUAGCUGCUGCACAUUGCACCAAGAUUGCGAAGCUACUUGAAUUCCGGGAUGUACCUUUACGUAUCGAUGUGCGAGGAUUUCACCCUGAAUCUGUGAGAAGAUUAGUUGAGUGGAUGUACACUGGCCAUAUAGCGAUAUCUGCGGAACGCAUGGAAGAUCAAAUGAGCGUCACCAACUAUUUUGGCACUAUUUUCUUACAUCACCUUCUCGAAAAUACCCUGAAAAGUAUGGCUGUUCAGCAAAGUUCGCGGAUUGAGGCUUUGAACAUAGCAACACAUCCUAAGACAGGAGUCUCUUCCGAAACAAUCACGUGUAUCCUACGCGAACUCCAUGAAAAACAUUUGACAUUAUCCUCGGAUGAAAUAAAGUCACUUAAGCCUUGGGCUGUAAGAAUGUUGGUUCUUGCUUCAGUGAGCACUCAGAUAAAAAUUGCUCUUAUUAAUACAGCUCUAUCAUGGUUGCGUUACUCACAUAAUAUACGUCACCUUGAACUCAUCACAUCAAGUAUUACUAUUGAUGAUAUGAACAUUAGAGAGCUCAGCGCUUUCCAGAGGACAUUGAGAGCGCUUCUUCUUAAUCCAUCAACGCGGAAACUUGUGACGGUGUCAGUCGAUAAAUCGGGAGUUAUAGCUAUCAAUAUGGACAGAGAUAAACAUCUUCGUGACGCCGAAAUGGUUUUAGAAAAAGUUGACGCUGAUGGUAUUACUUCGACAUCAAAUGCCACUUCUCUAGCUGGGGCCAACUUUACGCCAAUCAUACUACACGAAAAAAGUCGACAACUUUCCAGUUCCAAGUGUAGCGCCAGAGACUUACCAUCCUACUCGCAACCGUCCACACCUCGACGAAGUACACCAGAAUAUAAAGAUGCUGAUGACUCGCUGAGUGAUAGCAAUGAGUGGCCAAUAUCAGCAACGGAUACUUUGGCGCAAGAGCUGGCGAAUUUACCGCCGACAGAUAGGGUUUUCGGAUCCAAUGCCCAACAACCUGCGCUGGAGACUUCCGCACGUUCGGAAGGCAAUAAUGCCAGACCAGUGCGCUUGGAAGGAGAUGGCAUUCCAAAGCCAGGAGGACUUUAUCUUCUCAAACCAACCCAUAUUUUCGGAGAAUAUGCCAAAAUGGCUACUCCAGCAUUAAGUCCAAGACACCCAUCAAACCGCGAACGUCGCUCACAGUACAGCCAAAGUGAGCUCGAUGAACUUAGAAAUUAUCCAGACGAUAUUUUCAAUAAAACAAGCGUGCAGACAAGAACUUCAGAUGCUGUAAAUCAGUCUAGAAGCGUCACAAAUAGUCAAAGACUUGAGGUACAAGCAAUGAAAACGAAAGAGUUAGCUAAAAGGAAGGAAGACACCGCGAUAACAGCAGUUGGCCCUACGUUGCUACCCGCGGCAGAAAGCGGACCCAAAUACAUCAUGUCCCAUUACGCAUUUUGA